AUGGGGAGAGGUGGUGAAGCUGGCCAGCCCGAGGACAGGUGGGCCUCCACCUUCGCUACUCGCCCUGCACGGCCGGGACUUGGCAUUCUCCGUCGACUCGUUAGCGCCUGCUCGCUUGAAGAGGAUCAUCGCUUUGGUGAUCUCCUCGGUAGAGACACUAGAGCGGUGGAGUUCAGGAUGGACAGCAAGUCCGCUCUGGCCCUGGCAAAGAACCCGGUUUUACAUGAACGGAGUAAGCACAUACGGGAUGAACUCAUAAGAACAAAGUCCGGAGACACCACAACUUGCAAGGCUGGAUACUUCAGUGCACAAAGUGCCCGUGAAAGCUUGCAUACUUUGCGAGUGAGCCUCAACCGCUCUCUUAUCUUGCCUCACAUAGAAGUUGAUUCAGAGGAAGAAAUGGAUGUUGAUGAAGAAGAUGUGCAAGAACUGCGUGAUCAAAUUAGCAAGCUUCACUCUUCAUCUGAAGAUACCUUUGAUGACUUAAUGGAUGCGGAGAGUGGAGAUGAAAACACUCCUUGUUCUAUGGGAAGAAGUGGAGAAGAUGAUCAAGUUAUCAUAGAUGAUUUUGAAGUUUCACAACAGGAAGAGCACAAAGAAGUAUCUAACAAUACAAAUGCUAAGGAAGACCUCGGUUCUGACAGAAAAUCUAGUCUAUCAAGUAGUGCCUCCCCAUGGUUGUCACCUAUUCAGGAUCCUACAUUGUGCUCUUCUCCAAAGAUCCACAACAAGGCAAGAAAGAGCAUCACUUCACCAAGCAAGCUUAGAGUAUCUAACAGCCCAGGUGAUAGAAAUGUUGAAGUGUGUAGAAAUAGUGAAGUCCAGUCCUCUCUCCAAUCAAGCAAGCUUAGCCCCACUGACUCACUGGCUGCAAGUCUCCAAUGUGGCUUGCACAUUAUAGAGUAUCAUCAACAGAAUCCAGCCCCACGAAAAUCAUUUAUUGGUCUUUCAUUUGACCAUUUUACGGUGAAAUUCAGUUCAGUCGUUCAAACUCUUCCUGAGGACCAAGGAAGCAAUCUUUGUUCAUCCUGCAAGAAGCCAAUGAACACAAAUGAGAAUCAGACAGAAAAUGUAAACUCAGAGAAACAGAUUGUGUUAGCCUUGGGUGCCACAUCUAAUGAAUCAGCUAGCGCUUCAAUUAAGAUUGACCAAUAUAAGAACAGGUCAGAAGAUGGCCCAGAUUCAAAUGGUAUGGCACCUGCAGAAGAACUAACUAGUGAAGGCAAGGUUUCUGAACAAUGUCAUGAUAGUAAGGUGUCACUCAAUGUGAAUGAGAGGGAGGCACUUCUUGCUGAAAUCGAGAGUCUGAAGGAGCAACUCAAAAACCAGACUACUGAAUCAACAACUGGUAGCCUUCUUGAUCAGUUAAGGAACGGCAGCACAGACCAGGAGUAUGAACUUGACAAAGAAAGGCAGAAAUGGAUGGAGUCUGAGAGCAAGUGGAUCUCACUCACCGAAGAGCUGAGGAUCGAUCUGGAAUCAAACAGGAUGCAUGCAGAGAAGACCGAGAUGGAGCUCUGCAAUGAGAAGAAGUGCACAGCAGAGCUGGAUGACGCUCUUCAAUGGGCGAUGUACGGCCACACCAGGAUGGUUGAGCAUUAUGUUGAGCUCUGCCGAGUGAUGGGCGAUGUAUAA